AUGUCACAAAAAAUUUUGGCCGUAUUUUUAUUUUUGACUCUGUUUAUUGCUGUUUCCACUCAAGUUCAAUGUUAUUAUGGUAAAACCACGACGAACAACGGCCAAGUAAUUCCGGAUCCACUGUACCCCAUACAAACACAAACAUGUCUAGGAAGAUACUGCAUGAAAAUCUACCAGAAGAAUUACAGCUAUAAGAACUAUCAAUACAACAGUUAUGGAUGUCCGAACGGAGCAUGCACCAGCACUGGUUGCAAUGAAAACAGCAAUGGAUACGGAUCAUGUUGUUGUAGAGGAGACUUCUGUAAUUCUGGAUACUCAACAACCACAAUCUCUUCGAUUGUUCUCUCAAUUCUAUCCGUUUUCUAUAUGUAUUUCUAA